AAUUGAGAUAGCCCUCUCCCCAAAGAUUUACCCUCACAAAUUCACAACCCCUCAAAUCCCCAAAUCCAAAAAUCCCAAAGAAUUCUCAAAAUCCCAAAAAUCCAGAGAACAGCACAGAAACCAGCAGAGCCCUCCGCCAUGGCCAACAUGAUCAUGGCUUCGUCCAAAGUCCCCAUCUCCUCCUCCCCUUCUACCCCAAUCCCAAAACCCAGAAUCCCACUCCAAAUCUCCAUCCCCAAAAUGCCAGCAAACCUCCCAAAGCUCACAAAGCCCCAAUUGGUAUCCCUAUCCUCCUCCCUCUCCGCCAUCGCGGCCGCCUCGCUCGCAUUGGCGCCACCGUCCCUGGCGGAGGAAUUCGAGAAGGCGGCCCUGUUCGACUUCGACCUGACCCUCCCCAUCCAGAUGGUGCAGUUCCUGCUGCUGAUGGUGGCGCUUGACAAGCUCUACUACAGCCCACUGGGGAAGUUCAUGGACGAGAGGGACGCGGCCAUCAGGGAGAAGCUGGGGAGCGUGAAGGACACGUCGGAGGAGGUGAAGCAGCUUGAGGAGCAAGGCAUCGCCAUCAUGAGGGCGGCGAGGGCGGAGAUAUCCGCGGCACUGACGAAGAUGAAGAAGGAGACGCAGGGGGAGGUGGAGCAGAAGUUGGCGGAGGGGAGGAAGAAGGUGGAGGCGGAGCUGCAGGAGGCGUUGGCGAAGUUGGAGGAGCAGAAGGAGGAGACCAUGAAGUCGCUUGACUCACAGAUUGCCAAUCUCAGUGACCAGAUUGUGAAGAAGGUCCUUCCUCUUUGAGUUUCUUGGGUUUGUUUUUCGCGUAAGGUGUGAAUUGGAAUGGGGGCAAAUGGGAAAUCGGAUUGCUGUGUCUAUGACUAUAUAAUUGUAAUAAUAAUAUUUGUAUGUUAAAUGAAUGAAAUUACUGUGUUUUUUCU